AUGGCAACUUCUCGCAACUACGACUCCCCUCCGCCGACUUAUUCUCCUGACUCCAGUGACGACGAGAACCUGUCCUACCUCGUCGCCUCUGGGACACUGCCUGGUUUUCCAGGUACAAUUCCUUCUCUCAUUAGACUAGGAUCCAGGAGCGGGAAAAGAGGAAAUCUCAAUCGCGACUUCGAUGCCGCACUCAACCGCCUCAAGCGAGACUACUUUUCAACCACGCCACUUUAUUGCGAUGCGUCAUUUGACAGGCGUUUCAGAAUGCCGCACACAGUGUUCAACAGGCUGUACAGGGCGAUUGAGGGCGAAGGAUUGUUUGUCAGAAGAAAGGAUGCGCUGAACCGUGGAGGAAUUCAUCCCCUACAGCGGAUGGUUGCCGCAAUUCGCAUGCUGGCGUAUGGAGCAGCGGCUGACUCUUUAGACGAGUAUCUGAGUAUGUCUGAAGACUCAGUGUUGCAGUCACUGAAGUCCUUUUGUUCUACUGUGAUACAGAAGUUUGGAAUAGAGUACCUACGCGAGCCCAAUGAGGCGGACCUACGGCGCAUACUGGCAAUAAAUGCUGCCAGGGGGUUUCCGGGGAAGCCGACUAUCGUUCUGGAGGCAAUUUGUGACGGGGAGUUGUGGAUUUGGCAUGCCUUCUUUGGUAGCCCUGGAAGCUUGAACGACAUCAACGUUUUGGACCGAUCACCAACGAUGGAGCGCAUCAUCGCUGGUGAGUUUCCGGCCUCCAUUCCUUACACGUUAAAUAAAAAACAACGAACGAUGCCGUACUACCUUGCCGAUGGUAUCUACCCAAGCUGGGCAAUUUUUAUGAAGACAAUAAAAGACAACACGGAAAGAAAGGAGGAAGCAUUCGCAAAGGCUCAAAAGACGAUACGGAAGGACAUCGAACGCGCGUUUGGGGUGCUUGUCGCUCGGUUUCAUAUCCUACAGAACCCUUCAAGACUUUGGAAGAGAAGUGAUGUAUCGAAUGUCAUGGUGGCGUGCAUUAUUCUCCACAAUAUGAUUGUGGAGAGUCGAAGAGAUAACUACCAAAGUCAGUCAUUCACGUGGGAAUCCGAGUCGGCAACUCGGUACCUUCUUGGCAGUGAGUUGCCGACGGGAAUGUGGGCUAGCAUGGUAUCGUCACGUCAUUCGCGCAUAACAAGUAAAGUGGACCACUUCUCCUUGAAACGCGACCUCAUUGAGCAUAUAUGGAACGCUCACGGCUCCGUCUAG